CGUUUCGGGCGUUCGGGCGUUUCGAGGCGUUUCGGGGCGUUUCGAGGCGUUUCGGGGCGGGGCGGCGGUUUCCACGGCAACAGCGGCGGCGGCAGCCGGGCCCGGCCGACAUUUUGUGGGCCGAGGUGAUCACUGUGCAUUUCAGCCAGAAUCAUGGGACUGUUUGACAAGCUAGCAGGAUGGCUUGGGCUGAAGAAGAAGGAGGUUCAUGUUUUGUGCCUUGGUUUGGACAAUAGUGGCAAAACAACAAUCAUAAAUAAACUUAAACCUUCAAAUGCUCAAACUCAGGACAUCGUUCCAACAAUAGGAUUCAGUAUAGAGAAAUUCAAGACAUCCAGGUAUUUGUCUUUCACAGUGUUUGAUAUGUCAGGCCAAGGCAGAUACAGAAACCUCUGGGAACAUUACUACAAAGAAGGCCAAGCCAUUAUUUUUGUCAUUGAUAGCAGUGACAAAUUAAGAAUGGUUGUGGCCAAAGAAGAACUUGACACUCUUCUGAAUCAUCCAGAUAUUAAGCACCGUCGACUGCCUAUUCUGUUCUUUGCUAACAAGAUGGACCUCAGGGAUGCAAUAUCAUCUGUGAAAGUAUCCCAGUUAUUGUCAUUAGAAAACAUCAAAGACAAGCCCUGGCAUAUCUGUGCCAGUGAUGCUCUUAAAGGAGAAGGUUUACAGGAUGGUGUGGAUUGGCUCCAAGAUCAGAUCCAAGCAAUGAAGACAUGAGAGAUAAAUAAAAGAUGUAUGGUGUUCUCACAAGUUUUGUUAGUAGGUAUAUGAGAUCUUGGAAAAGAAGAAAGACUUGAAGAAUACAGCCAGUUCAGCUAAAUAUUCUGUGUUGAUUUGUUUCCUUUUAGUAUCGCUUCCAGGAAAAAUGCAUUAGAUAACAUUGUACCUCAGGUAAUGCACAUCCAUAAAUUAAAUUGAAUCUCGGUGACUGGAGAGCAUAUUUUAAACCAAAAAUGUGUAAAUAAUAAGCAUCUGCAUUCAUUUUAGUUAUAGUUGAUAAUUAGCCAUCAAGAAGUGCCCCUGUGUUUUUUUGGGGAAGACAACUUUUAAGCAAGUGAUAAAAUGUAUAUUCCUGAGGAAGAAUAAUCAGCACUUCCUGAAAUAAAGCUGUAUGAAAUCCUUAAAAUUUGGCACCUGCGAACAGUAGGUAUUUCUGGCAUUUUUUACUGUAAAUUGUGACAUAGUUUUUUUUAAUAACCAUCUGCAGUAGGCUACUAGAAGAAUAUUUUGAUUGAAGUUACAAGGAUUCAAAUACUAAGUGCAGCUGUUACAAAUGAUUGCAGAUGUUUUUAAGGAACUGCUCAUAAUGAAAUGUUACAGUCUGUUUUUGUGAUAUGCCAUGGUUAUAUUUGCAUUCCCAUCAAUAAAAUUUCAAAUGUACUGCAUGUCACUUUUUUUUAAGAUAAAUAUGUUCAUUGAUUGCCUUUACAUUAUGGGGGUUCUUGGGUUUUAGUUCAUUUCAUUCAGAAUUUUUGUCCAUUUUAUGAUGGAAAUAGCAUUCUAUACUGUAAUAAAAUGGUUCUCUCAAUAAAUUUUUUUUAAUUGCA